AUGGCUGGAGAUGCGCAUAUCGCGCCUGUGCUUCAACUCUGCCUGGCUUCAAUUGCGGCCAAUGCUACAUUUCUGCGUGAAAAUCUGAAGUCGAAGCACGCUGUAUUUACGUCCUACGUAUUUCGCAACUCUGAUGUUUUGGAUCAACUCACGACCCUACUAAAUACAGGAGAGAGCACCUGGAUGCGGCCGACGGGAAUCCCUCCGCACGUUGAACUCUAUCGACAGCAUGUUGAAACUCGCAAGGCGCUGACCGAGCUUCCGACUGCACUUCUCGAUGGUUUCUCUAAUUUACUAGAUGAUAAAGCAGGCUGGAUUAUGGCAGAGCCAUACAACCUUACAGCAACCUGA